AUGUGUUAUUAUACGAAUUGGUCUGGUUAUCGACAAGGGGAAGGACGAUUUUCUAUCAAUGAUAUUGAUCCAAAUUUAUGUACACAUAUUAUAUAUUCAUUUGCACGUAUUCAAGGAAAUGGUUUAGCUACAACUGAACCAAAUGAUCCAGAAAUGUAUAAACAAAUGAUGGCAUUAAAAGCAAAAAAUCCUGAUUUGAAAGUUAUGCUUGCAGUUGGCGGUUGGAAUCAUCCAGCAGCACCAUUCACACAAAUGGUUUCAACAGAACAAUCACGUGCUGAAUUUGCUGAAAAUUCAUAUAAUUUUCUUAAACAAUAUGGAUUUGAUGGACUUGAUCUUGAUUGGGAAUAUCCAGCUGAUCGUGGCAGUCCUCCAGAAGAUCGACAUCGAUUUACUCAAUUAGUUGAACAAUUAAGUACAAAAUAUAAGCCACAGGGUCUUCUAUUAUCUGCUGCAACACCAGCACCAGCUGCAAAAUAUGAUAGUUGUUAUGAACCUGAAGUUUGCCAACAUUUAGAUUUUGUUAAUAUGAUGACAUAUGAUUACAGUGGUCCAUGGGAACGUUUUGCUGGACAUAACAGUCCAUUAACAGCACAAAAACAAUCAGUUCAGAACAUGUUACAAAAACCAGCUUGUACACCAGAUAAAUUAAACUUAGGAAUGGGUGCUUAUGGACGAACUCAACAGUUAGUCGAUCCAUCACAACAUGCUAUUGGUUCCCCAUCUACAGGUGGCGGUCCUGCUGGUCAAUAUACAGGAGAAUCUGGUUUUCUAAGUUAUUAUGAAGUAUGUCAAAAAAUAAAAGAAGGAUGGGUAAGAGAAUGGUCAAAUGAACAUCAAGUACCCUAUGCUCAUUCUGGUUCAGGUUGGGUGGGUUAUGAUGACACACAAAGUAUUGCCGCAAAAGCUAAUUAUGUCAAUGAAAUGAAUUUAGGCGGUGCCAUGUUUUGGGCUAUGGAUUUAGAUGAUUUUCGAGGCAAUAAAUGUGAUGAAGGCAAAUUUCCAUUAAUUAAUACUGCUAAAGAUAUUGUCAAUGGAAAACAACCAUCAACACGACCAACAACAACAUCAACAACUACUGCAAAACCCACUGAUCAAACAAAUAUUGCAGCAUUCUAUUGUCAAAAUACUCUAGAAAAACAAAUAUAUGCAAAUGUUUCCAAUAAUUGUCAAAGUUAUUAUGAAUGUUUAAUUACACCAAGUGGUAAACAAAUAACUGUCUCACGAACAUGUCCCACGCCACUAAUUUAUGCUGAAGAUAAAAAGAAAUGUGUCAAAGAAAAAGAAUUAAGUGAUGUUAAUAUUAAAUGUUCAACAAAUUUGAAAAUUCCAGCUGCACCAAUAUCAUCAGCAAAUUGUUGGGAUCCAUCAGCUUCUGUUCCCGAUACACAAUGUCGUUUCUUUACAGAUUGUUCAACAAAACGUCGAUAUGAAUGUCCACCUGAGACAUCAUUUGAACGAAAUAUAAAACGAUGUGUACCGAAAAAUAAUGUUCAAUGUUGGUGGUAA